AAAGCAAUACAAUACAGACUACAGAGUUCCCUGGUCCAGUACAGUCUCCACUAACGUCUCUCUCAAUUUCUGCACAAAUCGCACAUACACUCUACGCUCUCUCCAUCCACAUCUCCUCCUGACACUCCGUAUCAUCUGCACCUGAUUCUUUUAACUUGCUCUCUCUCUCUCUCUCUCCUCUCUCUGUGAAGAUCAAACACGCAUUCGGUCUUUGAUAAAAAGAUAAAGACAGAGAGAGACUCUGUGUUUGUGUUUCUAUGAAACAGGUUUUGGUGUAGCAAAAGUUGGUGAGUGAAAAAGAGAGACUGCGAUAAACCCAAGAAAGGGUGGAGAGAAAAAGAAAGAGAAAACAUAAAAGCAUAAAAACCCAAGUGUUAUAAUCCUCUCUGAAGCAUAAAACCCAUCACUAGUAUUCUAUAGCCAUGGCUAUCUGUCUUUUUGUUCUCUCCAUCUUUUUCUCUUUAGCUGCACAAUCUCUCUCGUACGAGCCUCGCAACCAUGAAGUGGAUGCUUUGAUAGGGAUAAGGAGAGCCUUAAAUGAUCCACACGGAGUUCUAAACAACUGGGAUGAAGACUCUGUGGACCCUUGUAGCUGGGCUAUGAUCACUUGUUCCCCUGAUAAUCUUGUUAUAGGCCUGGGAGCUCCAAGCCAAUAUCUUUCUGGAACUUUGUCGGGAGCAAUUGGGAAUCUCACAAAUCUUCGUCAAGUGUUAUUGCAGAACAAUAACCUGUCAGGCCCAAUCCCGCGAGAGCUGGGUACUCUCCACAAACUUCAGACGUUGGAUCUCUCUAACAACAGGUUCUCUGGAGUGGUUCCUGUGUUGUUUAGUCAGCUGAACAGUCUUCAAUACCUGAGGCUGAACAAUAAUAGCUUGACUGGACCAUUUCCUGGGUCCCUAGCCAAUAUCUCUCAGCUUGCUUUCCUAGAUUUGUCUUAUAACAAUCUCAGUGGACCAGUCCCCAAGUUUCCAGCCAGAACAUUCAAUGUCUUGGGGAACCCACAAAUUUGUGGGACUAGUUACAGUGAAGGUUGCUCGGGAUCACCCAAUGCUGUUCCUGAUCCCUUUUCUCUCGACUCUGCAACCGGAAAACAUAAUUCCAAGAAAUUAGCAGUUGCACUUGGGGUCAGCCUCAGUAUUGUCUUUCUUGUACUCCUCAUCCUUGGACUUGUUUGGCACAGAAAUAGUCCGAAGAGCCAAACCAUUUUAAACAUUACUGACAAACAAGAAAGGGGGCUAAUAAGCCUUGGCAACCUUAGGAGCUUCACUUUCAGAGAGCUACAACUUGCCACAGACAACUUCAGCUCCAAGAAAUUACUCGGUGCUGGAGGUUUUGGCAAUGUAUACAAGGGAAAGGUCGGAGAUGGAACCAUGGUGGCAGUGAAACGGCUGAAGGAUUUGACUGGAACUGCUGGGGAUUCUCAGUUCCGCACAGAACUGGAGAUGAUCAGUCUAGCUGUUCACAGAAAUUUGCUCAGGUUAAUUGGCUAUUGUGCCACUACUAAUGAGAGGCUUCUGGUUUACCCUUACAUGUCUAAUGGCAGUGUGGCAUCAAGGCUUAGAGGAAAACCGGCAUUAGACUGGAACACUAGGAAGAGGAUAGCAAUUGGAGCUGCAAGAGGUCUUCAGUAUCUACAUGAGCAGUGUGAUCCAAAGAUCAUCCACCGGGAUGUGAAGGCCGCUAAUGUGCUCUUGGAUGAUUACUGUGAGGCUGUUGUCGGUGAUUUUGGGCUUGCGAAGCUUCUUGACCAUGCUGACUCACAUGUCACCACUGCUGUUCGUGGUACUGUUGGGCAUAUUGCACCAGAAUACCUUUCCACCGGACAGUCAUCCGAAAAGACUGAUGUCUUUGGAUUCGGCAUUCUCUUGUUAGAGCUCAUAACUGGAAUGAGAGCCCUUGAAUUUGGCAAAACAAAUAGCCAGAAAGGUGCCAUGCUUGAGUGGGUGAAGAAAAUACAGCAGGAAAAGAAAGUCGAGGAGUUGGUGGACAGGGAGCUUGAUACCAACUAUGACCGAAUCGAGGCGGGGGAGAUGUUACAAGUGGCUCUGCUAUGCACCCAAUACCUUCCUGCUCAUCGUCCCAAGAUGUCCGAUGUAGUCCGAAUGCUGGAAGGUGAUGGCCUUGCCGAGAAAUGGGCUGCAUCACAUAAUCACAGCAAUCCCACCACCAACUCUUUUCAGACACCAAUUCCCAAAAAGAUUGCCUCUCACACUUCCUCAGUAUCCAAACAUGGUGAGAAUGGUAAUCACCCUACGAGCAGCAUGUUAGAUGACGAUGAAGAUGAACAUUCUUUGGAUUUCUAUGCAAUGGAACUUUCUGGUCCGCGAUAGAAGAAAACACAGAAAAUGUCAAGCAACCCCAGAAGAAAACAGUUCAUUUUUUCCCCUCGAUAUUCUUUACAAGCUUUUAAGUCAAGUUCUUGUCUAGAUAUUUAAGUAUGUGUUUAGUUUUAAGUAUGUGAUUGUCGUAUUUGUUCAUGUAAAUACUAAAUUUUCCUUGUCUUUUUGGUACACAAGUCACAAGUUGAGAAAAUGUACAGAGAGAGUGCUGAACUGGUAAGAGAGAACAUCAUCAGAUCCUCUGCUCCCAAGUGAGGGACAUGAUGAUUUUGACUACAGAGUUUUAUACUUUUAUUUGUGUUGGGAUAUUUGCCU